AUGAAGACUGUGGGACACAGUGUGGUCUUUCUGCUCAUUUUGGUGACCUCAACUUACAGCAUACAGAGAGCACCUCGCAUCAUCACCCUUUUAGAGACAGUGGAUAUAAUGCUGGAUCACAAUGCCACCUUCAUCUGUGAGGUAGACUCACGCCCCUCUGCCCAUAUCACCUGGACCAAAAAUAACCACCCAAUCAUGUACUAUGACACCAGGUACCUUACCAGAGAGCAGGGUCAGAUGCUGAUCAUCCCUCAUGUCAGAGAGUCGGACAGUGGAGAGUACUGCUGUCUUGCCAGUAAUGGCAUUGGAGAGCCUGCAAAGAGCUGUGGAGCGCUUCAACUAAAAAUGAAGCCACAAAUCAAACGGCAUCCCACAAAUGUAACCCUCCUGAUAGAAUCUAAAGCAGUGCUGCCCUGCGUUACCCUGGGCAACCCCAAACCAGAAGUCACCUGGCUCAAAGAUGAUGAGUUAAUCAAGUUUAGUGAUCGUGUCACCAUUCUUGACUAUGGGGCAUUGAAAAUCCAUAACAUACAGAAGGAGGAUGCAGGCCAGUACCGCUGUGUGGCCAGGAAUAGCUUUGGUUUUGCUUUUUCAAAACCCGUCACCAUUGAGGUACAGGCUCCAGCACGAAUCCUGCAGGUUCCAAAAGAGAAGAGAGUAGCGUAUGGUAGCCAGAUAUCCCUGGAAUGCAACGCCACAGGAAAUCCAAUCCCUACCAUCACCUGGUUGGAAAAUGGGAAUACUAUCUCAGGUGCUUCAGUUGAGGAGACUUUAGUGGGAGAAGUGAUAUUGUCUGUUCUCAAAGUGACUGUGAAGAAGCCAGCUCUAUAUACUUGUCUGGCCUCCAACAGGCACAGCGCUGGAGUAAACACCGUCAAAGCAACAGCAAAAGUCACUGUUGCAGAGUGGAGACUUUAUAAAGGUGUUGGAGGUUACUGCAGUGCAUAUCGUGGAGAUGUUUGCCGCACAAUUUUGCAAGACGACUCUCUGGUUUUCUUCAACUCCUCCCUCUCGGAUCCUGAGGACAUGCAGGAGGACUGGGUUCAAAGCUGGUGGGCGGAGCUAGAAGGACUCAGUGUGCAGUGUAGCCCUGCAAUACGUUCACUGCUGUGCCACUCAUUCUUCCCUGAUUGCAACCCAUCAGGGUUAGGACCUGCACCUAAACCAGUCUGCAGAGAACACUGUCUGGCAGUAAAGGAGCUAUACUGUCAUAAGGAGUGGCUGGAGGGAAGCAUUGCAGUCCAAGCUGGGCUCUUCAGCUCUGUUUUGGGGUCCCAUACUUCCAGUUCACUGCUGUUCAACUGCCAGGCCUUACCAAGUCUUCAUAGAGACCCUGAUGCUUGUACACAUGUUCCUUUUGUUGACAUCAAAAAAGAUCAGAUAACAACAACAUGCUACAAUGACAGAGGUCGUUUCUAUCAGGGCGACAUAAAUGUGACACGGUCUGGGCUUCAGUGUCAGCCAUGGAACCAGCAGGUUCCCCACCAGCACCAUCUGUCUGUAGAUGUCAUUCCAGAGCUAAAGAACUCUGAAAACCGCUGUAGGAACCCUGGAGGAAUAAGUGAUAAGCCCUGGUGUUACACCUCUGCUUCUAACAUACGCUGGGAGUACUGCACUGUGCCUCAGUGUGGGGAAACAGGCACAGCAUCAGUGACGAAACCAGGGUUAACAGGGCAUCAUACGAUUCCUCCCCAGCCGGCCCACACUACUGUGUCGUCUCCGGCUUACUCCAUGUCCGUCAUCGUUAUUAUCCUGACCUCCUUUGCAACUGCAGCCUUCCUCACAGUUAUCAUCCUUAGCUGCUGCAGAUGGAGAAAACAGUGGAGGAACAGAAAGCGAGAGAUGGAGACCCCAACACUGAGUGCUCUUCCAUCAGAACUCCUGUUGGAUCGACUCCACCCCAACCCCAUGUACCAGCGAGUUCCUCUGCUGCUGAACUCAAAGCUGCUGGCCCUUGAGUACCCCCGGAAUAAUAUCCAAUAUGUUAGAGAUAUUGGGGAAGGAGCAUUUGGACGGGUUUUCCAAGCCAGAGCGCCAGGCCUGCUGCCAGUGGAGUCUUUCACAAUGGUGGCUGUGAAGAUGCUAAAGGAGGAGGCAUCAGCUGACAUGCAGAACGACUUCCAGAGAGAGGCAGCCCUCAUGGCCGAGUUUGACCAUCCAAACAUUGUUCGACUCCUGGGUGUGUGUGCUGUGGGUAAACCAAUGUGUCUUAUGUUCGAGUACAUGGCCCAUGGUGACCUCAACGAGUUCCUGCGUCGCCGAUCUCCAACCCAAUCCGUGCGCUCCCUCAGCCGUGCUAGCCUGUCAAGUCGUAGUUUCUCCUCUGAUAUCGAAUCAGGACCUCUUUCCUGUGAAGAGCAGUUAUCAAUAUCCAAGCAAAUAGCCGCAGGAAUGGCCUACCUUUCAGAGCGCAAGUUUGUCCAUCGUGACCUGGCAACCCGUAACUGUCUGGUUGGAGAGGACAUGGUGGUGAAGAUUGCUGAUUUUGGCCUCUCCAGAAACAUUUACUCAGCUGAUUAUUACAAAGCCAAUGAAAAUGAUGCCAUCCCCAUUCGCUGGAUGCCUCCUGAGUCUAUUUUCUACAAUCGCUACACUACAGAAUCAGAUGUGUGGGCCUACGGGGUGGUGUUAUGGGAGAUUUUCUCCCAUGGGAUGCAGCCUUAUUACGGUAUGGGUCAUGAGGAGGUUAUUUACUAUGUGCGAGACGGGCACAUCCUUUCCUGUCCUGAGAACUGUCCUCUGGAGCUGUACAAUCUGAUGAGGCUUUGCUGGAGCACACACCCAUCAGAUAGGCCGAGCUUCAAUAGUACACAUCGGAUACUGGAGCGCAUGCAUCAAAACAAACUAAGCUUAAAUGGGGACACUGAGGCUGACUGCUAAUUUUCAAAUAAAUGUUUGUACUGGUGCAGAAGAUCAUAUUUGGUGGCUGUAAAAUCACUUUUGAAAAGAAAUGGCGAUGAGUACAAGCAUGCCUACAGUGCUCAGAUUACAAUUUUUGUCCUCAGGAGAUCCAAUUUAAUAUUUUUAUUGAGAUAUAUAUAUAAAUGCCAAUUUCUUGUGAUUUGUUUUAUGUGUACUUUAUUUUCAUUUUUGGACAUUUUAGUUGCUGUCCACCAAAAGGGGCCUGCUCAGAAUAUAAUAUUUACAUAAUAGACUCUUGCAGUCCCUGAGACUUUAUUUAAAGCUGGGGUAGGCAGAUAUCUGGAAAACCCCCCAAAAAACAGGCUUUUAAGAAUGUAUUGUGACAUCCCAUUACUCCCCUGCUAAAUGUCAUCCUCAGCUGCAUGGCAGUCAUGGUGACAAUCCAUCCAAAAUGACAGAGAAAAAUGUCAGAAGAAUGUGCUCGUUACCAAAUUCACACUGACUGAUUAUCCUAGUGGCCACUGUGUUAGCUGUAACUAUUGUUAUCAUCCUAUGGCUGGCUUGCCAAUUUAAAAAAAAUACCAUGCAGUAAUGUGGGAGUCUAGAAAACCACUGUAAGAUGAAACUGGAUUAGUAGAUUACGAAAGCUGAUUCAAAAGAAGCUGUCUUUUUGUUCUUAAGAUUCUUACAGUGGGCAUGAGUAUUUGUGUUUGUAAAACAGUCAAAAAGAAUGUUGUCAUUUCUUGAUAGACUGUAUUUGAUUGAAUUUUUUUUUAGUUUUGUCUAGUGGUGUCAAAAGCAUAUUGCCUACCUCUGUUUCAAAGAUUUAGACCCAAGCAUGCAGAUUAUAUUUUCUUAAACCAUUUUAAAAAUAAGUUACUUUAAAUCUUUUUCUUAGUACUUCUGAACUUUGACAGAUAAGGGACAACUUGAGUGAGAGAUAUUGUAUAGAGUUAUUGCUUUGAUCAUGUCAGAGAAAGAAUUAUGUUGUACAUGCUUUUGACAAACCUUUUUAAAAAAAUCACCUCUAGCUAAUUCCACAGUGGCACCCAAUCACUUUAAAUCGUGGUUACUGCUGUUUUAUAGACAUUUUGCUAUUCCAUGUUGGGGCAUUCUUGUUUUACUUUUACUUGUUUUCUCUUUAUGAUGCAAUUGUUCUUUGUUGUUGAUUUUUGUUUGACAUAAAAAGAAAUAACAGAAGUUACAAGUUAGUUUCACUUAUUAAAGAGAAAUAGAUUUGUUUAAUGGAUUCACUUAUUACUGACUUGACUAAGGAAAAUCCAAAAUAUCCCGAAUUAUCCCAAUUUGAGAAAUUAAUUUUGACAGGGAUCUCACAAAAAGUAGAAACUCGAUCUUACACAUCAAAUCUGGAAUAAAAUCAAAUCUGGAUUAUACUUUUACCCAUCAUGGGUACAGCAUUAGUAUCAAUUAUCAGAGAGGAACAUAUUUAAAGACUGUGUGUAGUUGCCAAAUAGAAAUGUAUUAUUUCUUUUAUAAUGUGGUGUGAUGUUAUAAUUUUUUCUCAUUUGUUUAUUA